GGACGCGGGGACAGGACGCUCCGAGAACGGGACGUCCGCGAGUCUACGCCGUCGGCGGGGGCCAGAGGGAGCGGCCCGACACCGUGCGCCUUCCCCACCCCGGCGAGUCCCUUGGAGACGAGUGCGCGAGCAGUUUAAGCUUUACAUUUUUAACAUCAAACUGCUGUCUCUUGAUUGGACCAUUUUCAAGAACUGACAUCAGUUUUCAUACAGCUUAAAAGCAAGUGGAGAGGCGAAGCACAGGGAACAACGGAUCAGACCAUACUGAACUCCCUUGGAGUGACUGAGAUCCGUGGAGGAUGCUGGCUGCCAAGUGGCUGAGGAGGCCCUCACUCUGAGGUGGGAAAGCGGGUCUCAGCUGGACAGCUUCCUCCACUCCUCGGCUCACCAUGGCCUCCACUCUCUGGCUGGACGGCUGACGUGACUGUGUGCCCCAAGUGUGCACGCUGUGGGACUGGGUGCCGUCCCAGGUACUGCCUGCUCUCAGGGUCUGGGAGCAGGGCAGGUGGGCAUCAGAUGCUACCAAAAGCCGGACAGGGCAGAGCGAUGGACUCCGACAAGCUAAGAUGGAAGUGACCUGAGGCCUCAUCCAGGCGAUUUCCUCUUGACAGGACAGCUUAAGAGUUGGAGCACAGGCUUAUCUGGGGAGCAGUAUGCAGGAAGCUGGUUUUCAGGCCACAAAUGCUUUCACAGAGUGCAAAUUCACCUGCACCAGCGGUAAAUGCUUGUAUCUUGGUUCACUAGUCUGUAACCAACAGAACGACUGUGGGGACAACAGUGAUGAAGAAAACUGUCUCCUGGUAACCGAACAUCCACCUCCAGGCAUCUUCAACUCGGAGCUGGAGUUUGCCCAAAUCAUCAUCAUCAUCGUGGUGGUUACAGUGAUGGUCGUGGUCAUCGUCUGCCUGCUGAAUCACUACAAAGUCUCCACACGGUCCUUCAUCAACCGCCCGAGUCAGAGCAGGAGGCAGGAGGACGGGCUGCAGCCGGAAGGGCGCCUGUGGCCUUCAGACAGCUCUGGACCUCGGCCAGGUGCCUCAGAGAUCAUGUAUGCCCCGCGGUCCAGGGACAGGUUUACUGCCCCGUCCUUUAUCCAGAGGGAUCGGUUCAGCCGCUUCCAGCCCACCUACCCCUAUGUGCAGCAUGAGAUUGACCUUCCUCCUACCAUCUCCCUGUCCGACGGUGAGGAGCCACCUCCUUACCAGGGGCCCUGCACCCUGCAGCUCCGGGACCCUGAACAGCAGAUGGAACUCAACAGAGAGUCUGUGAGGGCCCCACCCAACCGAACCAUAUUUGACAGCGAUUUGAUAGACAUUUCUGUGUACAGUGGGGGCCCGUGCCCACCCAGCAGCAAUUCAGGCGUAAGUGCCAGCACCUGCAGCAGUAACGGGAGAAUGGAGGGGCCCCCGCCGACGUACAGCGAGGUGAUGGGCCACUACCCGGGCGCCUCUUUCUUCCACCACCAGCACAGCAGCGCGCACAGGGGGAGCAGACUGCCGUUUCAGCAGGACAGCUCUGGGAGCACAGUGCUGCCCAUCCAGGGCAAAGACAGGAAGCCUGGGAACCUCGUCUGACCCUCCCAUGUGCAUUUGAGUUGAGGAGGAAGGAAGUGAGGAGGGAGAAGGGCUGCACUGCCCUCCGCUCCCAAGCACAAUGUUCAGUUUUACGUGCUACAACUAAGUAAAACCAAAUGUGCAAAUGUGGUCUUUGUUUCUGAUUCCUUUCAGGGGAAUUGCAUGCAAACUAGACUGAAAUAAUACAAACUUCCAUUUGGUCUGACCACAAACAGUGUUUAUUUGGGGGCAGGCAUUGGGACGGGGGAUGGUUUUGGCAAAGGGUGGGCAUGGGAACACAGAGAAAGGGAUGCUUUGAAGAUAUCAUGAAAUAAAACCCACAGAGGUAUUUGAUUUAUUUAAUUAUGAAAGGAGACUUUGAAGAGAAAGAGGCCAGAAUGGCCUGUUUUAUAAUUAACUGAAUAAAGAAGGAAGCAUUAUUAUAUAUUAUCAUGGGGAAGAAUUGGCCAGUUUGCUUUUUCUCCCAAGGUGUGGAACUUUUAUUUUGUUUUAAAAAUAUGAUUCAAAAUUCCUGUUUUGUGUGCCAAGGUAUAAAGUGGAGAAGUUAGAUGAAUGCAAGGAGUUAAUUUGUGUUGUGACGAUGUGUUUUUAAAAGUUGCACUAUCUUAAUGUUUAAAAUAUAUAUGAGGGAACUGUUUUACGUGAAGUUCUGUAUGUUGUCUUUUCACCUGUGGAUUAUUAUCAGGCCCAAGGAAUACCCUGGAGAGUUCCCCAUGAUCAUGCAAGAAAAGAUGUUUGGGGAUGUAGCCUAACAUAUGCCAACUUACAUAAAUCAAGAGAGUCAUUAUUGUUGCAAGAAUUUACAUCAAAUAUCAGUGCAUCACUGAAGCAUUUGGAGACUUUUGGAUGGAAGAUAGGAAAUACUAAAUUCCAGCAUUUCUGACUUGUUGAGUUACUGUGCUAGUCUUAGGCUGCAUAUUUUAUUAAAAAUGAACCCAACACAUGCAUUUAUGUAUCCAGUAUCAUGCAGUGCUGCCCUCGUCCUCCAGCAGUGCAGUUUCUUUAGUAAUUUAGAUUGUUUUCACUCUAGCAUGAAAUAUACUUAGAUACAUGCAUUAUUUUAUGCAAUAAAUUGUUUAAAGUGCAA